AUGGCCCUAACCAAGCAGGCAACUCUUCGAAACCCUGAUGAUUUCCCGACAUUGCAGCUCUUCCUACUGGCCAUUGUCCGUCUCGCGGAACCAAUCGCCCUUACUUCCAUCUACCCGUACGCCUGGGCUCUCGUCAAAGAAUUCAAUUUUGGCGAUGAGCAAGAUGCCUCGUUCUACUCUGGUCUCCUCAUCUCGGCCUUUUCCCUGGCCGAGGCUGUCAUGGGCAUGUACUGGGGCGGCCUCUCUGAUCGCGUUGGCCGAAAGCCCGUCCUCAUCCUCGGCUGUGUAGGCACCAUGUUUAGCAUGGUCAUGGUCGGUUUCGCCUCCAACAUUUGGAUCGCUUUGGCCGGGCGCGCUAUCGGUGGAUUUCUCAACGGCAACAUCGGUGUCAUCCAAACCAUGGUUGGCGAGCUUGUUACCAAGCCCGAGCAUGAACCCAAGGCAUUCGCUGUUAUGCCGUUCGUCUGGAGUAUCGGCACCAUCAUUGGUCCUUGCAUCGGCGGCACAUUUGCGGAUCCCGCCGAGUCUUGGCCCGAUCUGUUCCCUCGUGACGGCAUCUUCGGUCGCUUUCCGUACCUACUACCCAACCUGCUCUGCGCGCUCCUGCUCUUUAUCAGCAUCAUCCUAGGCUUCUUUCUUCUAGAGGAAACCCACCCCGAUAUGCAGCCCCGAGUGCUUCUCCCUGCGGAUACUUAUGUCUCGGAAGAGACCCCGCUGAUGGAAACCUCAGAUGCCAUGAAGCGUCCCGCCAUCGACCUGCGGGCAGAGACUUAUGCAACCAUGCGAGAGACCAGCGAACAACGCCAAGAAGGCAUUGAGCGGGAAGAAAAGUCACUUUUCUCUGUCCCCGUCUGGAACAAGCGCGUCGUCGGCUUCAUCAUCGCCCUCUCCAUCUUCACAUACCACGCUAUGACAUACGACCAUCUCAUGCCCAUCUUCUUUGAAGAUGAAAGAGCCUCGACCCUGGUGUCCUCGCUCAAGGUUGGCGCAUCAUCCCCCUUCUACUCCCCUGGCGGGCUUGGCCUCUCUCUUCGUCAGGUCGGACUAAUCAUGGCCGUCAACGGCGGCAUUGCGCUCUUUGUCCAAGCAGUCAUCUUCCCGCUCGCCGCGGAGAGAUUUGGUGUGUACAGACUCUUCAUCAUGGUCACGGUGCUCCACCCCAUCAUCUACGCCAUUGUCCCCUUCCUCCUUUACGUCCCUGAAUCAAUGCUCUUCCCCGCCAUCUACACUUGCCUGGCUGUGCGAAACAUUCUCUCCAUCACCCUCUAUCCCCUCCUCCUCAUCCUCAUCAAGGAGGCUACCCCGACUUGGAGUGCGCUAGGAAAGGUGAAUGGUCUGGCCGCUAGCGCCGGUGCGGCAUGCCGCAUGAUCGCACCUCCUAUUGCAGGCUACCUGUACACCGCAGGUAGCAAGAUGGACUGCACCGCACUGGCUUGGCAUGGCAGCGUCGUUGUCGCGAUCGCCGGAUCUGUCCAGUGCUUCUCUGUUCCGCGAUCACUAGCUGAUCGAUCGGAAGAGAGCGCAGUCGGAAACACCCAGCUCGCAGCUGAAGUUUCAGCUGCUGGCAGGGAGUAG